AUGACUGAACCAGCAGCGCUACCGACAACUCCCACUCUGCAGGUGCCACCCAAGGACAUCAGGACUUAUGCCCAGAUUUUGAAUAUUCCGCUCGAUUUCGACCCCGAUGCUCUCAAGGCGAAGUAUGCCGAAGAAAAGCGGAAGCGAGAUCACCAUGGCGGCUUGUCGCAAUACCAGUCCGUCAGAGAUAGCGAGUUCCUAAAGUCGUAUACGAAAGAUCUGUACGCGGAUGAGACCUUCACCCGUGAUCCGGUUAAAGGAGUCUAUGAUGUCGUUAUCGUCGGCGCGGGCCUUUCUGGAAUUCAAGCUGUUCGCCAUCUACACCAAAGAGGUAUCACAAAUGUCUGCGUGAUUGAAAAGGGUCAUGGCUUUGGGGGCACUUGGUAUUGGAAUCGUUAUCCUGGGGUGCAGUGUGACAUUGAUUCAUAUAUCUAUCUGCCAUUGCUAGAAGACCUGGACUAUGUUCCAACACAGAAGUACGUUUAUGGUCCCGAGAUACGGAAAUAUGCCGAAGCACUGGCCAAAAAGUACGACAUGGAUUCGAAGACACUUUUCCAGACUGAGGCACUGGGGUUCUUCUACGACGAGGAAAGAAAGCUCUGGAAAGUCAAGACGAGUCGCAAUGACGAGAUCGAGGCACACUGGAUUGUUCCCGCGCCAGGGCCUCUCCACGUGCCAAAAUUUCCUGGCUUUGGAGGGAUUGAAUCCUUCAAAGGCAAACAUUUCCACAGUUGCAGAUGGGACUACAACUACUCGGGGGGAGAUCCUGAGAAUCCACAGCUAACUGGUCUCACCGAUAAGCGAGUUGGGAUCAUCGGAACUGGAGCUACCGGCGUACAACUCGUGCCACGUAUCGGCGAAUGGGCUAAAGAACUAUACGUCUUCCAGCGAACGCCCUCGUCAAUUGAUAUCCGUGGGAACAAGCCGACAGAUCCGGAAUGGGCCAAAACCUUGCGCAAAGGCUGGCAGCGCCACAGGCAGGACAACUUCAGCACCUUGACAGUCGGCGGAUACGUCGAGGAAGACGAAGUCAACGACGGGUGGACAGAUGUCCUUCGAAACUUGCCCGGCUUCAUGGCUGGAGAUCAAUCUGGAGACCCCGAGCUCCGGAAAGCACGGAUGCAGAUCGCCGACUUCAAGAAGAUGGAGUCGAUCCGGAAGCGAGUGGACAGCCUCGUGAAGGAUCCUGAAACAGCGGCGAAGCUCAAGCCAUGGUACAAUCAAUUCUGCAAACGGCCUUGCUUCCAUGACGAGUACCUCCAGACAUUCAAUCGACCCAACGUCCACCUAGUGGAUACUGAGGGUAAAGGUGUCGAAAGAGUCACGUCGAAAGGGCUUGUGGCAAAUGGUCAAGAGUAUGAGCUGGAUUGCAUAAUCUAUGCCACAGGCUUUGAGUGGGCCACUGAUCUAAGCUCCCGUCUGGGAGCACCGAUCAGAGGCCGUGGUGGCAUCAGUCUGACAGACAAGUUUAAGGACGGCAUUACCACGCUCCACGGGUGGGCGGUGCACGGAUUUCCCAACAUGGCCCUCCUCACCCAUUUCCAAAGUGGUUCAACGCCUAACUGGACGCAUAAUAUGACCGAAGCCUGCAAUCACAUCGCAUACGUCAUUGCCGAGAGCAAGAAGCGCAAUCUCAAAGCUGUGGAGGUCGCCCAGGAAGCCGAGGACGCAUGGGUCGCGCAUUGCAUGGACGUUGCUCGUGGCAGAGCCGAAUUUCUGAGGGAUUGCACUCCUGGAUACUACAGUGACGAGGGGACCAUUGACGACAAGCUGCUGAAAUCUCAACCAUACCUUGCCGGUGGUCCCACUUUCUUCAAGCUCAUCGAGGAAUGGAGGAAAGAGGGGCAGAUGCGUGGUCUCGAACUGACUGCUGGUGAUGCAAAUGAGGAAAGGGCUCGACUGUGA